AACCAUAUUUCAAACUAAAUAAUUGUGUGUGUUAUAAACUCAGUAAUUCAAUUAUAUUAUAUUAUGGAAAAAUGAAUUAAAUUAUACUCCCUCCUAUUUCACUACUUUUAUGCUUAUAUAAGUAUUCCACCAAAUGCUGGUCUGGUGUGAGUGUUUCUCCCUCUCUCAAAAUGCCGGUACUAUCUUUGCCUUGUAAUUGUAAACCCGGGCUCACACAUCCCAACCCGAACCCGACCCGCCAUAGGAUCCGCUCUAAUCGCUGUCGACCCACAAACCCCUCGAUUAAACUCGCCGCAGCGUCGAGCAGCUCGCCGGCGGGGGAGUUUCUCCGGCAGCUCUCCGUUUCCUCUGUUUUCCUUGUUGGCGUGGGACUCAGUUGCUUUUGGGCCUUCCCUCACCCAGCUUCAGCCCGCAUUUCUAAUUCUCCCUCCUUCUCCGCCCAGGAAACUCUCGAUACGGACAAUGUGGGCAAGCAUGAAAAUUUAGAGGAUAUUGAAGACAAGGAUAUGAAUGCAGCGUUUGAACGCUGGAAAUCUAAAUCAUACGCAUUGACAGUUCCUCUGAGAAUAGUUGCUCUGGAAGGUUCACUUCCUCCUGUAUGGAUUAAGGAGUUUUUGCGAUCCCAAGGGAAGCGGGUCCAGUUCCGCCCAGAGUUCCGCCGAAGUGUUGGGGACAUAUUUCAUGAACUCUCCAAUCCAUUUUCCAAAGGGAAAAUCAAUCCUAAAUCUGCUGUGUCAGCUGAUCUUGUUACUCUUGGUGAUUCCUGGUUAAAUUUUGCCAUUGGGAAGGGGUUAAUUGAGCCCGUGAAAGGAACAGAAGACCAAGACUGGUUUCAAGAUUUAAGUGACAAAUGGAAGGUAUAUUUACGCAGGAGCGCUGAUGGUAUUUUGGAUUCUCAAGGCACGAUAUGGGCUGUGCCAUAUCGUUGGGGCAGCAUGGUGAUAGCUUACAAUAACAAAGAAUUUAAAAGGCAUAAAUUAGCUCCAAUAGAGGAUUGGUCGGAUCUGUGGCGUCCUGAACUUGCUGGAAAGAUUUCAAUGGUUGAUUCACCUAGGGAGAUUGUUGGAGCAGUGUUGAAGUAUAUGGGAUCGUCAUAUAAUACUACUAAUAUUGAUUCUCAAGUAGUUGGUGGGAAGAAUGCUGUGCUGCAGCAACUAAAUCUGCUUGUUAAACAGGUUCGACUAUUUGAUAGUCAGCAUUAUCUUAAAGCCUUCAGAGCAGGAGAUGUGUGGGUAGCUGUUGGAUGGAGCAGUGAUGUACUUCCUGUUGCAAAAACUAUGUCAAAUGUUUCAGUAAUGGUUCCCAAGUCCGGUGCAAGCUUGUGGGCAGAUUUUUGGGCGAUACCAGCAACUUCACGACUUGCUACAGACCAAGUUGGAGGAAGAAUUAGGGGAGCAUCACCACUGGUGCAUCAGUGGGUGGAGUUCUGUCUGCAACCAGAAAGAGCCUUGCCUUUCAAGGAAGAGGUCGUACCUGGUGCAUCACCGAUUUCACUCAAAGCCCCAGUCGAACAACAGCUACUUGCGCGUAAAAAGGGUCGACCGAAGCUGGAAACGAAUCUGGUAGCUAACGUACCGCCUGCUGACAUUUUGUCCAAGUGUGAACUCUUGGAGCCAUUAUCAGAAGAUGCAUUAUCUGAUUAUGAGUGGCUAAUAUCUAGUUUGCCCAAAUCUAGUUCCAGUGUGCUGACCAGACUUCAGCAGUCUCUCUCUUCUUUGGUCAAAAAUGCCAUUCUAAGGCUGCAUGGAUCAAGCACCUCUGUAGUUUGAAAAUUUAUCGAUCUUGAGCUCGUAAAUGAGUUGAGCUAGAUUUAUUCAUUGUCAUUGCAGUUAGCUUUUCUUCCCUAUGUUCAAUAAUUGAAAUGAGAAUGACAAUUUGUCAAAUUUCGUA